GGCAACCAGCGUCAAAGCACGGAGGAAACCGGACUUCUCAGGUGUAUCUGUCAAUUAUCAACCAUCAACCAUGAAGACUGUUGCACUGAUCCUUGCUCUGGCAGUCAUCUCUGGCUGCCAGGGGCGCGUCGUACGCCAGGCAGAAGCCGUCCAGGACCGCUGGGAGGAGAAUGUGGAGCGCUUCUGGAACUUUGUGGCUGAGCUAAACACCAAGACCGACGGAGUGGUGGACAGCAUGAAGAAGUCCCAGAUCAGCAGGGAACUUGACUCCCUGAUUACCGACACCAUGGCCGAGCUGACUGUCUACCAGGAGGACAUCCAGACCAAGCUGGGCCCCUACGCCCAGGACACAGCCACCCAGCUGACCCAGGACAUGCAGCUGCUGGCCAACAAGCUGCAGGGAGACAUGCAGGACGCCAGGGAGCGCAGCACCCAGUACGUGGCCGAGCUGAAGAGCAUGGUCGACCAGAACACAGAGGAGGUCCGCAACCGCAUCAGCACCUACACACGCAAGCUGAAGAAACGCCUGAGCAAGGACACCGAGGAGAUCCGCAACACCAUGACCACCUAUCUGGGUGAGCUCCAGUCCCGCGCCACCCAGAACAUGGACCAGGUGAAAGAACACGCCAGCCUGGCCCACGACACCGCCGCCGAGCGCCUGGUCAGCUUCCACACCCUGCUCUCGAAGCAGGCCAAGACCCUCCAGGAGCAGCUGGAGACCCAGGCCGAAGGUCUGAAGGGACAGCUGGAGACCACCGCCCAGGACCUGCGCUCCACCCUGGAGGGCAAGGUGGACCAGAUCAGCGACCUGCUCGCCCCCUUCACCGAAAAGAUCCGUGAGCAGCUCCAGGCUGUUAUGGAUAAGGUCAAGGAGGUCUCGGCUUAAGCAGGACUUUGGGAGAGAGGGGGGGGGGGCUUAGGAGCAUUCGGGCUCCGUCGCAAACCCACCCACAUGUGGGUUUGUGGGGAGUUCUGAGCCACUAUUCACCUAAAUGCAAGAAAGGAGAGGAAUGGUGGGGGGGAGUUAAGAGUUACUGAUGAGGUUUUUUCAUUAUGUGGGCGCUUGUGUCGUUUGGGAUGUGGGGGGGGCUAGGGGUUAUAGGGUGAGGGGGGGGGGGUGUAGUGCACAGACCCAUAGCUGUCGUGUUGACUGUCAUCCAUCCAUCUUUCUGUGUCCCCGACCUCCUCGUCCCUCGACACAAGGACCUCGCUCAAUUCUACCUUUCAUUCACCUACAAGAGGCGACUGUUUUAACCUGCUUUGCUUGUGUACCUUGAGAUAAAUCCUCUAGAUAAUCAAAUGAUCCCCGUUGGCUAAUCUGUGUUGGGUUUUAAAAGCUUUCAUCUGGGGGCACGGGCCACCGAAGAGGUUUGCAACAGGACCCUCUUAUCCUGAGCCAAAUUGGCUCCAGUUAAAUCCGAAUACUACUCCAAAAUGCAUCCUCACACCAAAGACAACAAGUCCGAAAUGUCAACACCUGCACUGAAUGAUUCCAACUGUGUCUGUGUUUUCCAAGAUCGCUACAGAACCACUCAGUGCCUUCCUGUCGCUGUAUACUGGCCUGCCGUGUCUGCUUUGUGUUUGUUAAGACUCGCAUUAAAGUGUAUGAUAAUGUGACAUGAUGCUAAUAGGACAAUGUAACUGAAGCCUAACAUGCACGGUCGUGUGUACUGUAUGCUGUACCUGUCUGUCUUCUCGGUGUGGCCAGAGAAACUGUCCACAUGUAACAAGCCUGUCGUGCUGCUCACCAUAGGGCCUGUCUGCCUGCCUGUCUGGUUGACGUCAGACAGCCACUUUGUGCUAAACAUCGCUGAGUAAAUAAAAGAUAUGGAAAAGAA